AUGACAGUCCCUCUUCAGCGGCAAAGAAAGAGGCACCACAAGACCAGGACAGGAUGCAGGACGUGUCGCCAGAGGCGCAUCAAGUGUACCGAAGAGCGACCGGAGUGCAGUCAAUGUAUGCUUUUCCCCACGGGUAUCGUGAGGCUCCGCUCAUUGUCAUCCCUUAGGUAUCAGGUCAAGACGGCACUGCCUCGGGGAGGUUCUCAGCAGUCUGUCUCGUCGCCCAACUCGCCUUCCGAUGCGAAGGACAUGGACCAGUACGAAUUCGCUCUCGCCCAGUACAGCAAAUCAAUGAAGCAUCUUCACACAUAUAUCGACGCUGGUCCAACGCACUCGACGGACACGAGACAAGAAAUGGUCCUCUUGCUUACUUUAAUGUUUUUCUGUUUCAACGUUUUUCAGCAAGACGAUGCUAGGGCAAUCGCUCACGUAGCAAUGGGACUCAAAAUCUUACGUUCCGGCUUACCGCCACCCGGACAAGGUUUAGAUGACUGCAAAGGGGAGCAGGCUAUCACUGUAAAAGUCAGGCCUCGGAGUGGACUUGACGUCCUCGUUCAAGUCUUUGUGCGGCUCGAUGGCGACUCCUCUCUGGCGACUCCUGAGUACGGCUUCUUGAAACCUGUGUGCAGUGAAUCAAUACCUGACUCCUUUGCGUCACUAGGCGAAGCAAUGGUGCACUUGGAUGUCUUGACUGGUGAAUUGAGAUCACUGGCCGAACGCCUGGAGGCUCUGGCAGAUGCAGUCAUCAAAAUCCAUUCUAAUGCAGCAAUGGAUAGCGUGGAUGUCUGCUCACGCCCUGAUCCGCUGGGAUCCAAAGAUGAGUUGAUGCACAUCAUGAUAAAUUGCCACUUCUUCGCUGUCUGGCUCAUGGCAAAACACAUGGGAUGCAACGACGAGGACGAGUACGACAUCUCUCUGCAACAAUUCGACCACAUACUCUCGCUAGCCGAGCGAUUUGUGGUUCUCGAUCAGACCUUCCCAGAAAGCUGCAGACCAGCCAGCACGACAGGCACGCACAUACCCGCCUGCGUGUAUGAGAUUGCCCUCCGUUGCCGGGAUUCCUCUAUUCGGCGUCGUUGUAUUGCGCUGCUUCGCCGUCUGAAUCUGAAUGGGGUUUUCGACGGUUUCUAUCUUUCCUCGUGGCUUCGCUGCAUUAUCGAAAUAGAAGCCACGCGCGCUCAAAAGCUGGAUCCUGCACUCUCCUCUGUCAAGAACCUCCGCUGUGAAGACAUUCCCGAGCAAGCACGAGUGCUAGAGACGGUCUACUUGGAGCAAUGGGACGAGACGAUCAAUCUUCACAACUUUUACAAAAUGGAUCAUGGCCGGGUGUUGGUAGCCAGCCAUGCGAAUACUGGCAACUACGCAGACGUUGUGAUUGAAGAGGUGGUAUUCUUUGUUGAUCGCUCAAUGGCCACAUUCGACGAGGCAAAUUCUUCAGGCAUUCUGCAAAUGUCGCCCACAUGCCUCUACUCCCCUGCGGCUGGAGUAUUGCUGGCUCAAUAG